UCUGCGACUACGGGCUGGCGAUGUAGUGAUGUACACGGCCAAGUCCGGACCACCAUACCGGGUAGGCACGGGAGCCUACAUGGCACCGGAGGUGCUGAUGUGUAGAUCCGACUACGACGAGCGCGUGGACCUGUGGUCCAUCGGCUGCGUCAUGGCGGAGCUGCUCUCCGGCAAGGUGUUGUUCAAGGUGGAGAACGGCGUGCGACAGAUCGACAAGAUCUUCGACUUGCUCGGCGCACCGGCCGAGGAAACGUUCGAGACAUUCAUGUCGCCGUUCAUGUGCGGCAAGGUGCUGCGACGGCGAGCCCGGCUGCCACCACCGCGCCGCGACAGUCGACUGCGCGAGCUCUUACCCAGUGAUGUGCUGUCAGAGGAUGGAUACGGUGUCUUGAAGGGGCUCCUGACGUGUAACCCUAAGGAGAGGCUCACGGCCGCCACGGCUCUCCAACUCCCGUGGUUCAUUGGCACCGCUGGUGUCCCGUAGAGAUGGCAAUUCUUCCAUUAGACGAUGAGUGGAAAAGUUUGUAAACGGUGAAAGGGCAAUUCUUCCAUUA